AUGCUCUCACUCACCUCAAUCUCGCUGCUCCUCAGCACUAUGGCAACCGCCCAACAACUGACAUCCUACUGCAAUGUCACCGGUGGUAAUGGAGACAACAACCCCGCGCCGGACGGCAAAUACACUAUUUGGUCAGAGGGGAUCCGCGUGUCCUUCGUCCCAUACGGUGCCAGUAUCUCUAACCUCUUCAUCAACGACUCCCGCGGCAUCGAGCGCGACGUUGUGUACGGCUUCGAUGAAGCGUGGAUGUACACUACCGGCCAGCACGGAUAUUGGGGCGCAGUGCCUGGGCGCUAUGCGAACCGGAUCGUAAACAGCACAUUCACCAUAGACGGAGUUCCUUCGCACAUCAUCCCAAACGAGAACAAUUCGACGGACACACUCCACGGCGGGCCCGACGGCUGGUCGUACCGCAAUUUCAGCGUUGUCGCGCACACGGACAGCAGUAUUACCUUCAGCAUGACGGACCCGGCCGGUGACCAGGGGUUCCCGGGGGAGGUCGUCGCCUUCAUCACGUACACGGCCGCACCGUACGAGUGGCGCGAACGUAUGGUCGCAAUCCCUACCACGGAGAAGACUCCCAUCAUGCUGAGUAGUCAUGUGUACUGGAACUUGGACGGGUAUGCCAACGACCAGACCGACACCGCGCUGAAUCACACGUUGUACAUGCCCUACGCGGGGAUGAGGACCAAUGUUACCACGACGCAGGUCCCGACGGGAACGCUCGAUACGAAUUGGGCGGAUGGCCCGUUCGACUUCUGGACGCAGCCGCGGCAGGUGGGUUACGCGUUUGACCAGCCGGAGUUGAACAGGAGUUGUGGCCCGACGUGUCUGGGGUAUAAUGUGUGCUUUCUGACGCAGAGGCAAGAGGCAGAGAAAGAAGCGUGGGAGCAGACAGGGGCGCAAGUGGCCACCCUGAGGAGUGCCUGGAGCGGGAUCCAGUUGGACGUGUUUACGGAUCAGGAUGCGUUGCAGAUUUACAGCUGCAACAAUCAGAAUGGGUCGGUGCCGUUGAAGGCCACGCAAGGGACGCCGACGAAUAGCAUGCUCCAGCAUUGGGGGUGCGUGGUGAUCGAGGUUGAGGAUUGGAUUGCUGGGAUCAAUUAUCCGGAGUGGAAAAGGGAGGAGGAACAGAUUUUCGGGCCGGGCACGCAGCCCUAUGUGCUGGAGGCGACUUAUCGGUUUAGCAUUAACCAGACGGCUGUGGAUGAUUGAGAAAAGUAACGGGCAUGGCAUGCGCAAGGGCUUCGCCACUUUUUGAUGUGAG